AUGAAGAUGAUUACUGGUAGCAGUUUCCAUUCUCCUCAAGGUACCCUUAUAACGCUACCUGCUAGUAAGUUUGAACAUCAAGUUGCCAUACCUAUGACCAUUUUACAAUCGUAUCGUCAAUACCAAGAGCAACAAGGUGAAAGUGAUAUAACAUUUAUUUAUUGGCAAGCAAUGGGUGGUGACAUGAUGCUGACUGUAUCUAAUGCAUUCAUCGAUCCAACUACUGAACAAACCGGGCUACAAUGUCUCACAUGCUAUAUUGCCGACACCCCUCUCACCCAUAAUGAUGUUACCUAUCACGAAUCGUAUUCGUAUGUUACUAAUUUUCGUCCAUAUUAUCACGAUAUGAUCAUGCAAGAUCAUAAACUUAUGAAAGCUAUGUCAAAUUCAUUCCAUCGUGGUUGUAACACUGAUGACUACAUUACUUACUCUCAUUAUUAA